AUGGACCCUGUCAUUAUAACGCCGAACGACGUAGCUGAGGCGGUCCGAAGGGCACCGAACUGGAAAAAUCCGGGGCUCGACGGACUGCAUCACUACUGGCUGAAGGGGUUCGUGGUGUGUCACGCUGUGCUCAACCGACAGCUUCAAGAGGCUCUCUACCAGAAGUUGCUCCCGCGCCUCUUCACUACUGGGAUAGCUCAUUUGGUUCCUAAAGACCAAGAUACCACAGACCCAAGUAAAUACCGUCCCAUAACGUGUCUAACUACCAUAAACAAGACACUAACAUACAUUUUGAGCGCGAGAAUCAUUCGUCACCAAAACUCAAAUCAGGAGAUAUCGCGCGUUCAAAUUGGAUGUCGGGGCGGUGGUCGUGGAACCAAAGAACCACUCCUCAUUGACGCGGUCAUUGGCAAGGUGGUUAAAUGCAACCGUCGGAACCUCUCCGCCGCCUGGAUAGACUACAAAAAGGCAUUCGACUCGGUGCCGCAUACAUGGCUUAAGAGAGUCCUCGAGCUGUACAAGGUUAAACUUACAGUUCGAGACUUCCUCGGGCAGUGUAUGAGGCAGUGGAGUACGAUCCUUUGUCAUCUAGGCAAACGGAUAACGGCUGCAGAGAACCACAUAAGGAUAAGAAGGAGAUCUUCCAAAGCGAUUGUUUGA